CUGACGGCGUACGAUGUGUCUCCAAACCACACGUGUGGAAUGAAACUCGGUCUGGCAAAGGGAGAAGGGCCUAGAGAAAGACUCCAAGCCGGCCGGGCCCGAGUUCUCAGAGCCACCCCCGCCCCUGGGCAUUACCCUUUUAAGCGUCAGGCUGAAGGACUGUAGGGGUAGCACGAGGCAUUGAAACGGAACAGUCGGAUUGGCCACACGCCUCAGUUAUAGACGCACCCUCUCCUCCGAAAGGCCAUUCUGACUGGCAGGGGGAGAAAGUAAACAGAGUUGAAUCACCCUUCUCGCUGGCCAAUUGGAGGGGGUUUGGAUUGUGACGUGAUGGGAUUCUGCGAAAUUGUUACUGAGCAAGAGAAUGCCGGAACAGUGAGGACCGGCAGGAGAGGGGGGAGUGGAUCGGGCCGUGCACGGGGGCAAAAGUAUCUGUUAGACCUAGAUUUUUUCCUGCUAUUUCCAAACGGCUUUUUUGCUUGGUUUGGGUGAAUACAUUGAGAAACCUAACGAAGACAAUCGGGCAGCUGAGAAUUGCCGAGCCCCCAUCUGCAUUUUUUUUUUCCUUUUACCCCUCCCGGAACGCCUUGGGUUCUUUUUUUUUCCCAAUAGAAUUCGUAACUUGAAAUCGCCACGUGUGGCAUCUUUCCAAGACAGCCUUAUUAUUAGAGAGUCCGUUGCGCUUGUCUGUUGGGAUUCAUUGGAAAGCUGGAGGGGCCCGCUAGUCCCAGGUAAGGGAGGGCUUUGGGAGAGAGAGAAAGCCCCCCACUGUAGCCCUGGGUUGUGGAUGCUGCGUUUGGAGUCACUGGUUGUUACGUAAAGAUGAGGGGUUGAGGUCGACUUCUUGCGCGGAUUCCAAAGCGCACGGCUCUCUCCUCCCCGCCCCCUUGGCUCCGCGAUCUCGCUCGUCUGGGGAGAGAGGACGAGCUGAUUGAUCGUUGGGGAAAGAGGGGGGGAAAUAAUAAUAAAGCAAACAAAAUAAAAAUAAAACAGCAAGCAAACUCCUGGAGGUACGACUGGAGGGGGGGAAAAAGUUGGUGCCGCUGGACUUGGGUACCUCCUGCUCCUCCCUGCGCCCUCUGGCCCGCACCAUGUCCGCAGCCGCCUACAUGGACUUCGUGGCUGCUCAGUGCCUGGUUUCUAUUUCCAACCGCGCUGCGGAGCCGGAGCACGGGGCCGCCGAGGCGGAGAGGCUGAGGAUGCCCGAGCGAGAAGGGACGAAAGAGCACGGUGACCCCGGGGAUACGUGGAAGGACUACUGCACUCUGGUCACCAUUGCCAAAAGCUUGUUGGACCUGAACAAAUACCGACCCCUGGCGACCCCUUCCCUCUGCAGUGACAGUAUCGAAAGCCCCGAUGAGGACCUGGGAUCCGACAGCGACGUGACCACCGAAUCUGGGUCGAGCCCUUCCCACAGCCCCGAGGAGAGACAGGAUUCUGGUGGGGUGCCCGGCUCUCUCUCCCUCCUCCACCCCGGAGUGUCUGCAAAGGGGAAACUAGCCUCUGAAAAGAGACACAAGUGUCCAUACAGUGGAUGUGGCAAAGUCUAUGGAAAAUCCUCCCAUCUAAAAGCCCAUUACAGAGUGCAUACAGGUGAGCGACCCUUUCCUUGCACGUGGCCGGACUGCCUUAAAAAGUUCUCCCGCUCAGACGAGCUGACCCGCCACUACAGAACCCACACUGGUGAAAAGCAGUUCCGGUGUCCGCUGUGUGAAAAACGCUUCAUGAGGAGUGACCAUCUGACCAAGCAUGCCCGGCGUCACACUGAGUUCCACCCCAGUAUGAUCAAGAGAUCUAAAAAGUCCCUUGCAAAUCCUUUGUGAGACCCUGGAUGUACCAGGGGAGGUCAGGACAAAGCAAAAGACAAAGAAAAAAAGAAAAGAGAGAGAGCGAAAGAGAGAGAGAGACCCUCAGAGGCAAACAGACAAAUGAACAAAACAAGCAGCAGAGGCGGCCCACUUUUCAGCACAGGAAGGCAGCUGCUGGACAGUCGACAUUCAGAGGUUUCUCUCCUUGCACUUUUUUAAGCACAUAGACCUGAGGUUGCAGACUCAAUAGUCUUAAACCAUCUCUGAUGAAGGAGGGAGCGCAGAUGCAUUGGGGGGUGGGGUAGGGGGGUGGGAUCGAGAGGGUGGGCUAGGGGGAAGGGGGUAAUAAUUUAAGGAAUCAGACACUGGUGUACAUAUGUUUGACUGGGUGAGUCGACCUGUGGUUAUCACAUAGUGAUUCCAAGGCCAUUAUGCUUGCUAUCUCUCGGAAUUUUGUUUUUGUUUUCCUUUAUGAUGUAUACGCUGAGUGUGCUUCAAUUUCCUUAGCAAAACCACUCUCUGAAUCACGUUAAUUUAGGAAAUAAAAAUGCAAUAGCACAGCCUUCUCUUAUGCAAGCAAGAUCACAUCUCCUUCAGCAUGAUCUCCCCUUGAAAAGACUUGAAAGCAGGCCGACUCCUAGGCGGUGGGUAUGCAGACGUUGAACUUCCACUAAACUAAAGACAAACCUUUCUCUCACAGGUUCUGUUCAGUUCAGCCCCUUUACCACCUUCUUUAUACGAAUCCUUCUCUUUUGAAUCCAGGCUGCAUUUUUAUUUGCUGACACACAAGUCAAGUAAGUGAAGCCCCUGCUUUAAGUCGAGCUCCAAGGUCCCCUUUGGCACUAUGUUGUAAGCCGUCGCCAAGGCCAGUCUAGGAUGCGAGGGCUCCGAUCUGACUGGAACUCCGCUCCCUGGGCCCGGGUUUCCUAUCCUUUUAGUUCCCAUCAUCUUACUGUACCACAAUGCCACAGACGGGCAGGGCUUUUCCUCUGUGGAGUUUGGUCUGCCUGCGGGUGGGUUCCAGGUCUCUCCUUCCCCUCUCCAUGUCCAGCCCCCACUCACAGGAGCGAGAGUUAGAGGGAAAGCGGAGCCAGGGCCCCAAAGAGAAGCCCCCUCGGCACCGAUGCCAAGGACAGUGACCGAGGGGGCCUCAGGGGGCGCCCUACGGAGCGGCUGCUUUUAGAGAGCGAGCGUAGGCCAUUGGAUUACUGUACCACCCUGAAAACGGAUCGCCAUGUUUUUUACGGCAUAGAUUUCACCACUACAUCCCUUGUACUGAACCUAGGUGUCUAUGGAAUCUGAAAAACCACUACGUCAACAAUAGAGCACGGACCGAAAUCUAUCUAUUUUUUUGGCCUUUAAAGCUUAGUGGCCAGGAAAAAAAACAAAAACUGAACCGCAUUUUCAGAUUGAGACACCUCAAAUGAGGACAAAUAGAAGUGACGGUGGGGAAAUGUUUACAUUUUUUUUUUCAGAAAUAGAAUUUUCUGAGCAUUUUGUUAUCAAAUCUUUAAAACAGGGAGCUAAGGUACACACUCUAACUGAUACAUGUUUAUAGAGCUUGUCAUGUAAGAUUAGGGUGCAUGCCUGUAGUGAAUACAUUAUUUUACCUGACAGAGGCCUGCUUCUAAUGCAGAAGCAACGGCAAGAUGAGGCUCCCAGAGAGGGGGAGCAUCAAAGUCGCUUGCUUGGUAUGCUUACCAGUGUCGUUUUGUAGUUCUGUAAGAAGAACUGCUUUUUAACAUUUGGGACUUGGAAUAGUCCAAGGAAUUAAAAAAAGGAAUGAAUUUUCCCCAGGGAAAGUAUGUCAGGAAAAUAAUGAACACUUUCUACCUCUGUUUCAGCUUUUUGAAACACUUAUUUUAAAACCAAACUUUCAUUUCUGUGUCCAAACUGAGUUUUAGGGACAUUUGUUCUUCCAUAUGAAAUAGGCACAGUGCCUAUUUCCUGCUGAACUCCUAGAACGAUUGUGCUCACUGACAUUCUGCACGUGGCCUUUGGUGAGUCAGGAGUUGGUGGUCGCCUAGCAACUCACUAACUUCGAAAACCUCAUCUUUCUUCCCCCCCUUCCCCCCCAAAGAAAUUAUGGAAAAGAAACACGCACGCACACAUGCACACACACGCACUCACACACCAAGUCAAAUUGAGACAAUCUUUCUAAAAGUCUACUUAUGGCUUCCGUCUAGCACUUCUGUGGACAAAUGCAGCUCUUGGUAAAAUAAGAUGCACAAUUGACUUCUCUUUCCCCACCCCCCAAAAUUGCUACUUACCUUUUCAAGUUGUAAAACACACAUUUGAUAUUCUCUUACCCGUUACCAUGACGAAGCGGGUAAACUCAAGGCUACUUUUUAUUCUUUGUGAUAAAUCCUGUUUUAAAAUUCACAGACAGGAACCAGCAUCCUGAUCAGAGUGACUAUAUCUUGAUAUAGUUCAAAUAGGAUUACUAGAGUUCAUUGAACACUAAAACUAUGAAGUAAUUACUUUUUAUAUUAAAAAGACCAUGGAUUUAACUUAUUAAAAAUCCAAAUGCAGGAUAGUAAUUUUUGUUUACUUUUUUAACCAAACAAUUUUUGAAAGACUGUUGUGGGUGUUAAAAAGGAAGAAAAAAAAAGUGUUUUAUCUAAUAAUACUGUAUGUAGUUGUCAUUCUGGGAAAACAGUAGUUUUAGCGUUAACGCCUCUCCUUGAUUGGGGGGGGAAAGCCCUUCCUCACGGUGGAAAGAUGCUGUGGCUUAAAGGUAUAGCUUACAUCAUGCUUCUUUUGAGAACUCUACUUGGUAGCUUAUAAUUACAGAAAACCGAUUAGUUGUCAGUUUGCAGAUAGAUUUAGCACAGUACUCAUUGUUCUGGAUAGACUGUCUUCUUUCACUACAGAUGAUCUGUAACACUGUAAAAUACCAAUCUUGACAACUGUUUAAUCAGUUUUAUUUUUGUACAGUAUUAGUGACCUAAGUUAUUUUGCUGUCCCGUUUUUUUGUAAAUCAAAAUGAAAAUGGAAAAAAAAAACACGAGAAAGUAUCCUGACAGUAGGGAUUUUGUACAUAUGUAUAUAAGUUGUCAAAUAAACCUAAUAAAAUGGUAUGAAUGGA